CACACAAUUUUCUCAAGGCCAAGUCAAAGGCUUCUGUCUUCUGUCUUCUGUCUUCUUCUUCUGUUCUGUUCUGUAAGAAUUAUGGACGGAGGUGGCGCGUAUAACCCACGCACGGUGGAGGAAGUUUUCAGAGACUUUAAGGGUCGUAGGAAUGGCAUGAUUAAGGCUUUAACCACUGAUGUUCAUGACUUCCGCCGACUUUGUGAUCCCGAGAAGGAGAACUUGUGCCUUUAUGGGCUCCCUAAUGAGCAAUGGGAAGUGAAUUUACCGGCUGAAGAGGUUCCCCCGGAGAUCCCAGAGCCUGUUUUGGGUAUCAACUUUGCCCGGAACGGGAUGGUGGAGAAGGAUUGGCUGUCCCUUGUUGCUGUCCACAGUGAUGCAUGGCUUCUUGCAGUUGCUUUCUUUUUCGGAUCCAGGUUUGGGUUUGACAAAGCUGAUAGGAAACGCCUUUUCAAUAUGAUGAAUGAGCUACCAUCAGUCUUUGAGGUUGUGACUGGUACUGCUAAGAAACAAUCAAAGGAGAAAUCCUCUGUUUCCAACAAUAGCAGCAACAGAUCCAAAUCAAACUCCAAGCGAGGAGGAUCAGAACCUCGGCCUAAGUACUCAAAGGCAGAGCCCAAAGAGGAAGAGGAAGAGGAGGAGGAUGAUGAUGAGCAAGGUGAAACAGAGUGUGGGGCAUGUGGUGAGAACUAUGCAGAAAAUGAGUUCUGGAUCUGCUGUGACCUCUGUGAGAGCUGGUUCCAUGGGAAGUGUGUGAAGAUAACACCAGCCAGAGCUGAGCACAUCAAGCAGUACAAGUGCCCAUCUUGCAGCAACAACAAGAGGGGUCGGUCCUGAAAAUUUCAGUCUGUGUAUUUGCUUUAUAUAUGAUGAACAGCCUAACUGUUUUUGGUUUAGAUUUUUAUUUGUUGAUUUAAGACCUCAUGUGAUUUGGUUAUCUUAGGUGCAAGUUAACCUCUUCUUAGGAUGACAUUUUAGUUAUCAUUGUUACAAAUGGGAGGUGGUUUGAUC